GUGCGCUUCCAUGCUACGGUUCUGGAGCUGAACUUUUCCCAUUUCCCCCUGACGUUACUGGUUGGUUGGAAGUUGAUGUGACGUAUCCGACUCGCUGUCUUGCCCGCUCUGCAGUGUCAUUCGCACAGAUACAGAGCGUUCUUGUUGGUCCGAAAACUGAGAUGGAGCGACACGGGGUUAUCUACAGAAAUGCCAACAAACGCGCUUUUAACGUAGGCAGAACACCUUGCAGACAGUUCAUCCGAGGGUCGUGCAGAUUCGGCGCCAGCUGUCACUUCUCACACGAGCUACCAGUGUUGCCAUCGGCAGAAAUCUGCAGAUAUUUCCAGAAGGGAGACUGCUGGUUCGGAGACCGUUGCAGGUAUCAGCACAUCCUUCAGCCAGGUGUUAGGAGCUCAGCUGGUAGAUGGGAGUCGGCGUCCGUGGCCCACGGCCGUGCUCCGCUGGACCGCCGUGGCUCCGAGCCCUCCAUUUCGCAGGCCCAGGGUGCCUACAGCGGGGCGCGCAGGGGGUCGGAGCCCCUGGUGACCGGCAUGGUCGCUAUGCAACACGGCUUUGAUCGCCUGACCAUGGGCAUCACUGAGGAAGAGGAGCAUACUGCUGCCGAGGCCUCACUAAGACCGUGUUUGCAGCAAGGUUUGUGGUCACAGCUACAACACUCAAGUCAAAAUAUCCCCCCGAGAGAAGGCCAGCAUCGCUCCAGGGCUGUACCUAGCACCCCCACACCUGGGCCAGGGGUGUCCCCGGCAGAAGCAGGGAUGCUGGCUGGAGACAGGAGGCAGGACUCUGGUGCUGGGAAGCCGUCGUUUGUGAAGACCUCCAGCCAGCAGGGGGCAGGGCAGGAUGGAGCAGCUGCCGUCUCUGGCAACAGGUGGUCAGAGGAGGCCUACCAACAGAGCAAAGACAUGAUGUGUGGCAUCUGUAUGGACAAAGUUUAUGAGAAACCCAGAGCUCAGGAACGGCGCUUUGGUAUACUGCCUAACUGUAGCCACGCCUUCUGUCUGGGCUGCAUUGUAACCUGGCGGAAAACCAAAGACUUCCAGGAUGACGUCAUAAAAGCUUGCCCACAAUGCAGGGUGAAGUCGUCUUACUACAUCCCCAGCAAGUUCUGGGUCAGUGAGGGAGAACCAAAGCAGGCACUAAUCACUGCUUUCAAAAACACAACAAGUAAAAUACGUUGCAACUUCUUCCUGCGGAACGGAUGCUGUCCCUUCAAGUCUGAGUGCAUCUACCGCCACGAGCUGCCCAACGGAUACAGGCCUCGUCGCAGACGCUCGCCUCCCGUGACCAGCACGCCCAGUCUGGAGGACUUGGACAGCGACAGCCUGCAGCUGCUGCAUUACAUCAUCGCACUGGCCCUGCUGGACGAUGAUGAGGUGCUCGAUGAGGAUGACUACUUUCAGCUCUACCUGGCCGAAGAUGGAGGCCUCGACUGAGUGGUCCCUCACCAGCCCUCGGGGUGGUAGACAAUGAUCUCGUUAACAUGUGAACUGCCUCUGGUAGCUUAUAGAAAAAAAACUCUGUAGUCCGUUUUUAUAUGUAUGAUGUUAAUCAUCCCACGUCAGUAAGCUACUGGUGGAGCAAGUGCAGUCACAUGUGGCAAAGUUUACCCUGGGCUGAUCUCAGGCCUCCAUCGGACUGGUUCCACCUUACUCUGAAGUAAAAACAACUGCCUGGACUCUUCCCACACUGGAUUGUUCAAGGUGGUCCCUUUGGCCAGCAGACCCAUUGCUUGGUCAUAGUGGUUACCAGCUCAUGUCCUUGACUAUGAAAUGACCUUCGGGAAAAGUACACAUUGACAGCAGGCCGGGGCUCUGUGAUGCGUGCCCUAUAGGUGGGGGGUGGGGGGUGGGGGCAGAUGAGCGGAGGUGCAGUGUUAUGGUGAACAGGUCUGAACUUAUGGUUGCCACUUCUAAGUUAGCUGUUGCAAUCACCAAGUUGAGUUAUUGGGUGGUUAUGUACGUGUUUGAAGAUGGUUCUGAUGAUUGAUUUCACAAUUUGUCAAACUUGCACGCUAGUUGUCAUUGAUGUGGACUGACUUGCUGUAGUUUGGG